AUGCAAACCCCCACUCCCACAACAACAACCUUAACUUCCGAUACAUCUUUUGAGUUUUUUUCCGAUGCCAAUGAUAAUAAAAAUGAUUCUAUUAGUAGAAAAUUUAUUGCCAUGGAAAUUAAUUAUGAUGACGAAGAAGAUGAUGAUGAUGACAGUAUGAAAGAUUCCGAUUGUGAGUAUGAAAAUGAAAAGGAAAAUAUCAUUCCUAGGAUAAAAAGUGUUGAUUCUGACCUUAUUAUUACUGGCACUUCAAAUAAUAACACGACCACUGUUCUUAGCACCAAGGUUGGAUCGAAUAACAGUAUUAAAAGGAGGAGUACUUCAAGUGUUGGUGAAAGAAAGAUUUCAAUGAAAAAUAUUACAAAUAUUGUUCAUAAUGAACAAUUGUCAGGGAACACUAAUGAAAAUAAUCAUAGUAACAAUGGUCUUGUCAUCAAUUCACCUAUAUUCAUAAAAGAUGUCGAGGAGCAGGCGAAAGAAGAAGUAGAGUAUGAGGAAUCUGGUUCCACAACAAUCACUUCGGGCGUUACUACGUCCAAUAAUGGCACUUCCUCAACUAUUGUGACUAAUUCGAUCACUGUAACACCUACUAGAAAUGCACACGUAAGCACUAUUAGCACCGGUGCACAUAACUCAUCCUCAAAGAAAAGAUGGUCCACUUUAUCAUUUAGAUCCGAAAAUAGUUUUUCCUCAUCUUCCAAGAAAAGAUAUUCUUCCGGAACUAUCACCACCCUUGGCACUAGCAUCAACAACAGUACCAGUACCAGCAAUGGAACUGCCAAUACUAAUGCUAGCUCUAAUAAUAAUAAAAGAGACAGCUACACUUCUGGGGAGAACGCCAACAUUAACAAACAUUCUACCAAUACACCAUCUUCCACCAAAAGUAAAAGAUUCUCGACUUCCAGUUUGCAAUCGUUGAAAAAAACAUCAUCCACAGCGAGUAGUUUGAAAACUUUUUUCUCGAUAAGUAGUCCAUCUGUGGAAGAGCAGAAAGUUGUCCCUGAAGUUGUUAUUACUUCGGAUCAUCAUAAUAUUUCCGGCGGAACAGCCAGUAGUAAUGGUUUUACUGCUACACUUGUCAAAAACAAAAAAAUCGUGGGCAAUGUUGAUGGCAUUAACAGUAAAAGAAUAAAUGUUACUGGUAAAAUGAAAAAUGCAGCCACUAUUAACAUUACGGGCAAUAACAACGGUAAUACUAGCGUCACAAAUAACGCUAUUAAGACAAACAUUAGGGGAAUUGCUACCAAGAAGUCAUCGAUUUUUAGAAAUACUGCCAGUAAUAAAAAACUUGGUGCGGAAAAUUUAUCCAUCGACCGCGAAAACACUACUAGCUACAAUACUAAUAGACGAUUAAACCAAUCACCAUCAUUAUCUAGCUUGGGUAGUAUAGCAUCUGGUAGAUCAUGGAAAUUUUGGAAAAGAAGAAGUUCUGUCUCUAAUUUGUAUGAGGCAGCACAUAGCGACGGGAAUCUUAACUUUCAGAAUGAUGCUGCAGUUUCAACUACUAACGAUGGAGCUAAUGUCUUUUUUGUACCAGCAACGACUAUUGGUAAUAAUACUAACCCCGAUAAUACCCUAAGACACCAACAUAGUCAAAGUAUGAGCAACAUACCACCUUCUGCAAAACAUAAAAAGUCAUUCAGUGAAUUAAAAAAACAAUUGUUUUUCAAUAGUGGUAACAAUAAUAAUAAUAAUAACGCUACUGUUGCCAUUAGCAACAGCAAUGAUAACGACUGCUCUACCUUAGUUUCAUCAUCCUCAUCUACUAAUACAGCAACGAACAAUUCCUUGAAAAAUAGGGCUUCCUCAACAAGCUUAAGAAAUAGAAGUUCGCAGGCAAGUUUAAGAAAUAGAAGUUCGCAGGCAAGUUUAAGAAAUAGAAGUUCACAGGCAAGUUUAAGAAAUAGAAAUUCACAAACAUCCUUAGGUCUAAGAAAUAGAACAAGUAACCCUUCAUUGAAAAAAUUAACAUCACAGAUAAACCUGAAUAGUGGCGGCAAUAGCAAUAUUACCCCACCAAAUACACCAUUAUCCAAUAGUUCUACUUAUAGUUUUAAUUUUGGCAAUAGUAGUAAUAGUAAUAUCUCACUUCCAAUACCCGAUAAAGCUUCUUUAGAAAAAAUUAGAAUGAAAUUGGGAAGCUCAACCACUAACGCUACUGCUAGCUACAAUAACUCCUCGAUUUCAAAUGGUAGCGAUAACACGAGUAUGAUUAACAACACAUCAGAAUCUAUUAAACUUUCUGUAUCUACAUCCACAUUAAAUUCUACAAUAACAUCGGUAAGUAGUAGUAAUAAUAGUUUUAUUGUGGCUAUGAAUAAUAACAACAUGGCUAUAUCCGAAAAAGCGUACCAGGAAUUGCAACAAUUAGUCGAUGAAAAAUCAUAUAAAUUACCUAAAGAUGUGUUGGAUGGGGAUAUUCUGUAUGAGCGUGGAAAUACCAGAGUUUUGUUUAAUCCUGUAAAAAACAAAAUUUACAAAUUAGUCGCGUUCGAUUGUACAGAUCAUAUUAUGUUACCAGUGAUAGUUAACGACAUAAAAAUAUCACACAAAUUGAUGAAUGAGACAGGAUCUUCCAUAAUCUCUAAAAAGUGGUUGAUAAUUACGAAACGAAGAGUAACUAGUACUACAAAUUGUACUGCAGAUCAGCUGGAUAGGACAAAUUUGUUAGAUAAUGACGAGCGAGAUGGACAUAGUUGCCUGUUGAUUAUAGAAAUGGAAAGUAGGGGCAAACCGCUAUCACAAGUAUUAAUUGAAAAACCUAAUGUCCCAUCAAGAACAUUGUCCAAGAUAUUUUGGCAAUUAGUUAAUGUUUUAGCUAGUUGGGAAGUUAAAUAUCAGUUUGAGCAUAGGGAUUUGAAUUUAGAUAAUAUUUUGGUUGAUUCAAAUGGUAAAGUGACCGUUAUAGAUUAUAAAUUGUGUAAAAUGGGUGGCGAUACGCAAAUAUACACAAGGUUGGAUCAUCCUUUAUUUUUUAUCAGAUCACCACAUUAUGAUGUUUAUUCUGAAUUACGACAAUUAGAACCGUACAUGUUACAAAACAAUACCAGUAAUGGUGCUGUCACCGAAUUAAUUGGAUGGGCAAAUGUUGUGUGGAUUAAAUAUAUUCUACAACAAAUGGUUAAAUCAUGCAAGAUUAGGGAUAAACAUUAUGAUGUUUUAUGUAAAUGGUAUGCUAUGAUUUUAAAUCAUCAAGGUGAGAUAUUAAGUUGCCAAGAUUUAAAAACGCAUGGUAAAUAG